CCACUUAAUAUCUAUAUCGAUAUAUAUAGAGAGAGAGAGAGAGCUUCCACGCCACUUUCAGGGUUAGGGUUUUACCAAGCCGCUGCGCCUGUUUUUCUCUUGAUCCUUAGCCCCGAAAACCCUCGUCACCGUAGAAGAAACUUGUCUAACCAUGGGGAAGACACGUGGUAUGGGAGCUGCCCGCAAACUGAAGUCCCACAGAAGAAGGCAAAGGUGGGCUGACAAGGCAUACAAGAAGUCCCACCUUGGCAAUGAAUGGAAGAAGCCAUUUGCUGGGUCUUCCCAUGCCAAAGGCAUUGUUCUUGAGAAGAUAGGUAUUGAGGCCAAGCAGCCAAACUCUGCUAUCAGAAAAUGUGCUAGAGUUCAACUGAUUAAAAAUGGGAAGAAGAUCGCUGCUUUUGUUCCAAACGAUGGUUGCUUAAACUAUAUUGAGGAGAAUGAUGAGGUUUUGAUUGCUGGAUUUGGACGUAAGGGUCAUGCCGUUGGAGAUAUUCCUGGAGUUAGAUUCAAGGUUGUGAAGGUCUCUGGUGUCUCCCUUUUGGCACUAUUCAAGGAGAAGAAGGAAAAGCCAAGAUCAUAAGUUUGCAAUGGAGUGUUAAUUAGUGAAUUUUCUUUUUUUUAAGUAUUGGAGUGGUUCUUUUGUUUUUCAGUGGUUCUGUUGAACAAUUUUUAAUCUUUCUAGUUAUUGAAUUGAAUAUUUAUGGUUUCAGUUUUUGCCCAA